UGUCUUGUCUCUCUUCCCUCCAAUCAUUUUCCUCUGUUUUUCUUUUCUUUUCCAUUUUCUUCUUUCUCUUCUGAUUAUUUUCCGGGAAAAAUUUCUCUCCCUCUGGUUUUCCGGCGAUACAAGAGGAAGUAGAAGAGUAGAAGGAAUAAAUUUCUCUGCUUCUACGUAAACUCUUUUUCUUCCCUUUCCUUUACCUUCUCUAUUUCCGUGAUCAACUUAAACUCUUCAACAACUACUACUACAAUAACAACCAUCAUCCAUGAAUUUCAUCUAGCGUAUUAUUCUAUCUCUUUUGAUUUCUUCACUUUCUACUCUUUCACAAGAAAAGUGACUGAAAAUGGACAAACAUUCCGGGGAUUCUUUGCCCGCUCGUGGUACUGCAGGGCUGUCUGGGAUUUCCUCGCUAAAUAUUCCAAAUAAAGCAGGAAGCAGUGCAUGGAGAAUACCGAACGCGACUGAUGUAUUUCAAGAUUCUAAUGAUGUUAGCUUGUUUUCUACUUCAUUGCCUGUUCUUCCGCAUGAAAAUUUAAAUUUGACCGAUUCUGAACAAUAUGGUCAACUGGUGGAUGAUAACUUGCUAACAGUAGAUAAAGUUCAUAAAGAGGACGAGGGGCAUGAUCCUUUUGAUAACUUCGAAAUUAAUGCCAUUGGAAACAUGCUACCUGAUGAUGAAGACGAGCUUUUAGCUGGGAUAAUGGACGAUUUUGAUCUUAGCGGGUUACCAAAUCAACUGGAGGAUUUGGAUGAAAACGAUCUGUUUGUUAAUGGAGGUGGAUUUGAAAUGGAUUUUGAAUCCCAAGAGGGUCUUAGUUUUGGUGUUUCAAAGAUGAGUAUAUCAGAUGGAAUUGCUUCUAAUGGCAUUGGACCAUAUGCGAUUCCGAAUGGUGUAGGAACAGUGGCUGGAGAGCAUCCCUACGGAGAGCAUCCAUCGAGGACAUUGUUUGUUCGGAACAUCAAUAGUAACGUUGAGGAUUCUGAAUUAAGAACACUAUUUGAGCAAUACGGGGAUAUCAGAACUUUGUACACUGCAUGCAAGCACAGGGGCUUCGUGAUGAUAUCUUACUAUGAUAUACGAGCUGCUCGCACUGCAAUGCGUGCUUUACAAAACAAACCCUUGAGACGAAGGAAACUCGAUAUUCAUUUUUCAAUUCCUAAGGAUAACCCUUCGGAAAAAGAUAUAAACCAAGGAACCCUCGUAGUGUUCAAUUUAGAUCCAUCGGUAUCAAAUGACGACCUUCGUCAGAUAUUCGGGGUUUAUGGUGAGGUCAAAGAGAUCAGGGAAACACCGCACAAGAGACACCAUAAAUUUAUCGAGUUUUAUGAUGUUAGAGCAGCAGAUGCAGCUCUUAAAGCGUUAAAUCGAAGCGACAUUGCUGGCAAACGCAUAAAACUUGAACCUAGCCGUCCUGGUGGAGCCCGCAGAAACUUGAUGCAACAACUGAGUCAAGAAUUGGAACAAGAUGAAGUUCGAACUUUCAGGACUCAAGUAGGUUCACCUAUAGCCAGUUCUCCUCCUGGUAGCUGGGCACAAUUUAGUAGUCCGGUUGAACCUAAUCCGUUAGGUUCUUACAGCAAGUCCCCUGGUUUGGGUCAUGCCAGCCCGAUUAAUAUCAAUCAUUUGUCCGGAUUGGCUGCAAUUCUUUCCCCGCACGCAUCAACCUCUCCCAAAAUUGCGCCGAUUGGCAAGGACCCUGGAAGAGUUUCAAAUCAGAUGUUUGCCAGCUCUGGAGGAUCAACACAUGGAGUAGCUUUUCAACAUUCUAUCUCCUUUCCUGAAAAAAAUAUAAAUGCAAGUCCUAGGCCGAUAUCUGCUUUUGGUGAAUCAAAUUCAAAUUCAUCGAGUGUUGGAACAUUGUCUGGUCCCCAAUUUCUUUGGGGAAGCCCGACUCCUUACUCGGAGAAUUCAAACACAUCUGCCUGGUCUUCGUCUUCCGUUGGGCAUCCAUUUACAUCUAGUGGCCAAAGGCAGGGUUUCCCGUACACAGGUCAUCGCAAUCCUUUUCUCGGCUCCCAGCAUCACCAUCAUGUAGGAUCUGCUCCAUCCGGCCUUCCUCUUGAACGAAAUUUCAGAUACUUUCCAGAAUCACCGGAUACCUCUCUCAUGAGCUCCAUUGAAUUUGGGAAUUUAAAUCACGGCAAUGGGAAUUUUAUGAUGAACAUGGGCUCUCGUCCAUCUGUCGGGCAUGGUAUUGGCCUUUCAGCAACUUCCAGUGAAAUCGGUUCGCCUAAUUUCGGAAUGAUGUCCGUACCUGGUCAUGGUUCCUUGUUCAUUGGAAAUAGUUUGUACGCUGGACCUGGACUAUCUAGCAUCGAGGGAUUUGGUGAACGUGGACGAAAUCGGCGACCUGACAAUAAUGUGAACCAAAUCGAAAGUAAGAAGCUGUACCAGCUUGAUCUUGACAAAAUCAUCAGUGGUGAAGAUACAAGGACAACUCUAAUGAUUAAAAACAUUCCUAACAAGUACACUUCAAAGAUGCUACUCGCCGCAAUUGAUGAGAAUCACCAGGGGACUUACGACUUCCUCUACUUGCCAAUUGACUUUAAAAAUAAGUGUAAUGUCGGUUACGCAUUCAUCAAUAUGGUCUCUCCUUCACACAUCGUCGCCUUCUAUAAGGCCUUUAACGGAAAGAAAUGGGAGAAGUUUAAUAGCGAAAAAGUUGCUUCACUGGCAUAUGCACGGAUUCAAGGAAAGGCUGCACUUGUGAUGCAUUUUCAGAACUCAAGCUUAAUGAAUGAGGAUAAGCGAUGUCGGCCAAUCCUUUUUCAUUCAGAAGGCCAAGAUACUAGUGACCAGGAACACUUUCUAUCCAGCAACUUGAAUAUAUGUAUUCGUCAACCAGACGGGUCUUACUCGGGUGAUAUGUUGGAGAGCCCGAAGAGCUAUUCAGAUGAAAAUCUGGAAAAAGAUUGACCAUUUGUUAGAUAUAUUAUUGUUCCUAGCCACAUUACAUAUGGUCUAGGAGUGCUAACUAUUGCAUAGGUGAUCUUAAAGAUGUACAAAGUUGAUUCAUAAAACAAAAAAAAACGGUGUAUAAAGAUUAAGGGCGGAAUCCAUUUAUCAGCGCAUCAUAAUCUUUAAAAAAACGCAGAAACCAAGGCGUACGUAGAGAAACAAUUGUGUUAUAAUACCAGAGGAAAAGAAUAAAUCGGAGCUCGAGGUGUAUUGCUGGAUGGUAAAUUUCUACAGCAGCAUGCAUACUGUUUGUGCAGGAUAUUUUUUCUGGUCUUUUGUUGUUUUGUUGAGGCUGUUAUGGUCUUUUGAGAAAUAUUACUAUGUAUAUGUAUGUACCUAAAGAAAUUCUAGUUUAUGGAAAAAAGUUUGUAUAGAAGGGAAACAAUGAAGUAUCAUGUUUGUAAUUGUGGCUUUGUUCAGUCAAAAUGUGAAUGUACAUGUAUGUAACAUUGUGAACUGGUUUCAUGUGAAUGUUGUAAGUGAAAGUCUCAAUACAUUGUAAUAUUGGAGGUUUUUGUUAAGUAUUAUUUUUAUUGAUCUUA